AUUCAAGGGAAUAAAAACAACCUACCUACCUUCAGAUUUUUUUUGUACGUAAUUAAAUUUUGUUGUCACCAAUUUGGGCUACGUUUUUACGAAAAAAUGUACUAAUUUGAACAAAAAUAUUGGUACAAGUAUUUAUUGUGUACUUAUUUACGAUUUAAAAGACAAAAUGUAAUAAUAAAUGACAGUUUUAUAAACAAAGUGACAACAAAAAACAAAAAUGCACAAAACACUAUUUAUUCUUAUUUUUGUGACGUUCAAUUUAAAAUGCAGUGAAGCAAGUGAUAUUUUUCAUAUAAACAGCAAUAUUACUUUUUAUCCGGAUAGUGUUUCUGAUUAUUUCGGAUAUGCCGUCGUCUUGAGCGAUGCUGGCCUCAUAGUCGGAGCUCCGAAGGCAAAGAGUCGUAUCUCGAACACCACUGCACCUGGCGCAGUAUUCACGUGUGAACUAACAGAUCUAGCAGCAAGUAAUGUCACUUGUUACUCUAUGGGGAUUGAGAGAGAGUUCUCUUCAGGUCGAGCCGGAUCAAAAAGGCGAAUUAUAACUGUUGAAGACUUCUUCCAAAAUGACAUGUGGUUCGGGGCCACGAUCGCUGUUGUGCCUAAGGACAAAUUACUGGUUUGUGCACCCCGUUGGACCUAUCCAUUCCAAGACAAGAAGUAUCUGCAUUAUCUUGGCUAUGGUGCGUGCUACAUAGAAGGAAAAAGCGUCGGGAAAACCUUGACGCCUCUGACAGAUAGAAGUCGCCUAGCAUUGCGAACAGACGGCGUACGUAAAGAAUACGGCGAGUAUCAACAACACCUGAAUUACUUCGCCUACGGUCAGGCUGGGAUGUCGGUCAAAGUGACGCAGGAUAACAGUAUUAUUAUUGGUGCUCCAGGAUUACUGCAGUGGACAGGAGGCAUCAUCGAGUACAGAUUCAUCACGGAUCCUAGGAGUAUAUUUUUCGAUCAAGUCCCCGUUGCUAAUCCUUAUUACACCUUAGAUUUGGGACCUGAUGACUAUUUUGGAUACAGCGUGGAAUCAGGGGUAUUCCAAUUAAACGGAAGCACACUUUAUGUUGCUGCUGCACCCAGAUCGAAGAAGGGUUACGGACAGGUCCUCGUAUUUGACCCACCCACCAUCGAAACGGCACCACUAAACGUCCGUGCAAGAGUGCAAGGUUCCCAACUAGGGUCCUAUUUUGGAGCCAGUCUCUGUUGCCUGGACAUCAACAAUGAUGGACGAUCAGAUCUUCUUGUUGGAGCUCCUAAUUUUGUAAAAAAAGAUGGCGAUCUGCCUUACGAUCAGGGUGCUGUUUUCGUUUACUUGGCUGAAGAAAAGGACAAAAAACUGGUUUUAAAAGACACUGGCUAUGUGUCAGGGUCUGGUGUAAGCGGAUCGCGAUUUGGUAAUACCAUUGCUGUUCUGGGUGACAUCGAUGGCGACGGUUUUAAAGACGUAGCAAUUGGAGCGCCCUGGGAAAACGAAGGCAAAGGAGCAGUAUACAUUUACAAAGGCAGUGCUAAAGGAUUAAAACAACAAUAUGUUCAGAAAAUUGAGGCUGAAGGAGCUCGCGGUUUCGGCAUUUCUGUUUCGAAGGGGUUUGAUGUUGAUCACAACAAUUGUAACGACUUAGCAAUAGGAGCCCAUAUCAGUUCAACAGUGUACUUCUACCGCUGUAUACCGACAAUCCAAGUACAUACAGAUAUAAGAGUGCCGGACGCCAUGAAUCUUCCGCAGAAUACCACGAAGUUCUCUGCCAUAUUUUGCGUCACUGCUCCUGUAGCACCUUUGUGGCCAGGAGUUCACUUUUUUCUCGAUGCCGCUGUAACAAUAGAUCAAGAAGACAAAAGAGCAUCAAUUGCUGGUGAUCCAAAUUACUCAGUGACUGUGAGCCCAGGAACGGACAGCUGUAAUGAACACCAAGUUGAAGUCAAACCAACCGCAGACUUGUCCAAACCAAUAUCAAUGAAGUUUGAAGUGAAACCUGCAAGACCAUUUAUAGAUGUCACUAAAGUCUUUAUGCCCGGGGCUGCAAGGUUAUCAGAAGACUCCACAUUACAAUCGUCGUUCCUCAUUCAGCUAGUUCGAGAUUGCGGUGACGACCUCAUUUGUACACCUUGGCUAGUUAUGACUAUGGAGGCCUUCGAAGGCGUCUACGUUCCAGGUACAAAUAAUCGUCUAGGCGUCAAAAUCACAGUUACUAACCAGAAAGAACCGGCGUACGGUGCCAAAGUAGAUAUCAAACUUCCGUUACCACCAAAAAGAGUCGGAAGUCUUUGUAAUUUAAAAGAUUUAUUGAUGACAUGUGACGUCCCAGCGCCUCUAGGCAGAGGAGAGUCCAUAGAUUGGAAUAUUGAACUAGAGGACCUGAAAGAGACUGAAAAGAAGGUACUUAAACUUGAAGCUGAAUUGAAAGAUUCUCUUUACAGAACUAACGUUAGUGAUGGAAAAAUUGUUGAGACGUUUAUAAAUAUCGUACCAAAAGCCAACUUUAGUCUUGCUGGGAAAGCGUUGCCGAACAUUUCUAUAUCUGUUACGAGAGAAAAAUUCUACAGUAACAAAAACCUUACAUUUGCGCAUUAUUACGAGAUUUCAAGCAGUGGACCUUCUGACUGGAAAAGAUUAAACUUUAGCAUUGAAUUAUCUGAAAAUGUGUCCUUGACAAAUAUAGUCAAAGAUUGUAAGCAAGAGAAGAAUAUUCUCAACUGCACUUGGUUUAUGCCGGCUUACGUUACACGUGCUUUACUAUUAGCGUUGAAGUUGGAUUUGGAUAAGCACGGUCGUUUAUUAGAAGAACUAGGAAAAUUCAACGCGACAACGAUUUUAAAGUCAACAAGAGAUCGUCAAACCGUCUCCGUAACGACUGUUCUUAUUCUGGACCCAGCCACUCCUAUUUGGCCUAUUAUAGUAGGGAUUAUUGCUGGAGUUUUGUUUCUGGCUGUUAUUGUUUAUGCACUUUAUAAGAGAGAUUUCUUUUCAAGAACAAAAAGAAAUGAACUGAAGCGUCUGCAAGAAGAAAAGCCUCCUGAGGAAGCCAGUACAUCCAGCCGCCAACUCAGAUUGGAGAUAAGUGAAGAAUGUGCAGUCCACGAGUCUACCGACCGGCUUCUAAUUGACACUGAUGACUCUAGUAGAGAGCUGAUAUUAGCUGAACUGGAUUCUGACUAACUAGACACAAUAGAAUUAUUCAAAAUUAUACUAUUUAUAUUGUUACUAGGAAAUUAACU